AUGGCUGUAAAAAUAGAAGCUGAUUAUUUACCAGAGCAGACUGCCAAGAAAAACACACAGCUUCUUGAUUUCCCUUUUUCUCCCUUCAUUGUUUCUGCCUCCAACUGCUCAGAGGACAGGGAGGACACAUUCCACAGGACAGACAGAGUUAAAUUAUUUGAAGUCAUUGAAACAGAGAAGACACUUUAUUUAAUAAUGGAGUAUGCAAGUGGAGGUGAAGUGUUUGACUACUUAGUCGCUCAUGGGAGGAUGAAGGAAAAGGAAGCCAGAGCAAAGUUUCGGCAGAUCGUGUCUGCGGUGCAGUACUGCCAUCAGAAGAGAAUAGUCCACAGGGAUCUCAAGGCUGAAAACCUGCUGCUAGACGCGGACAUGAAUAUAAAGAUAGCGGACUUUGGCUUCAGUAACGAGUUCACCAUCGGGAGUAAGCUGGACACGUUCUGUGGCAGUCCUCCGUACGCGGCUCCCGAGCUCUUCCAGGGGAAGAAGUACGACGGGCCAGAGGUGGACGUCUGGAGUCUGGGGGUCAUCCUCUACACGCUUGUCAGCGGCUCACUUCCCUUUGACGGACAGAAUUUGAAGGAGCUGCGAGAGAGAGUUUUGCGAGGGAAGUAUCGUAUACCGUUCUACAUGUCCACAGACUGUGAAAACCUUCUGAAGAAGCUGUUGGUGCUUAAUCCAGGCAAACGUGGAAGUCUAGAGUGUGCAGUGGCUCCGUCCAUACCUCCGGCCGUCUCUCACACCAAACGCUCUCAGGCCAGCAGCGUGGAGGGAGAGAAGAAGAAGGAGGAGAGUAAGCUGCCCUCCUCCAGCUCUAAAGGAGACAUGGCCGCCUCUCCUCUGGCGGCCCAGGAACGCAGGAAGUCCUCCACAGCUUCAGGGAAUAGCGCUGCUGGAGGAAUGACGAGGAGGAAUACGUACGUGUGUGAGAGAUCCAGUACAGACCGGUACUCAGCCGUACCCAACGGCAAAGACAGCAGUCUGACGGAGAUGUCGGCCUCGGCGAGUGCAUCUUCCUCAGUGUCUCCAGGAGCGUCCACUCGGCCGCGGCAUGUGAAGUCCAUGUCCGCCUCAGGCCACCCCAGCAAGUCUCCGCUGCCGCCCAUCGAGGACGACGCUGAAUUCAAGGGCAGCUCUGGCUCCAGGGCUCCGUCCACGUCUCCGUCGGCUCACAGCAUCAGCAGCAUGACUCCGGAUCGGACCCGCUUUCCUCGGGGCACCUCCAGCCGGAGCACCUUCCACGGGGCGCAGCUCAGAGACCGCCGCAGCGCCACAUACAACGGCCCUCCCGCAUCGCCCUCGCUGUCCCACGACACGGGCACUCUCGCCCAGGCCCGCAGGGGAACCUCGUCCGGAUUCAUCAGCAAGCUCACCUCCAAGCUUGUGCGCAGGGUACCCAGUGAAGGAGAGGCCCACGGUCGGCCGUACAGUUUGAGGAGCGGAUCCGGAGAACCCAAGGAGGAAGGCCGUGACUCGAAGCCCAGAUCGCUGCGCUUCACCUGGAGCAUGAAGACCACCUCGUCCAUGGAGCCGGGAGACAUGAUGAGAGAAAUCCGCAAGGUGCUGGAUGCCAACAACUGCGACUACGAGCAGCGCGAGCGCUUCUUGCUCUUCUGCGUGCACGGCGACGCGCGGCAGGACAGUCUCGUCCAGUGGGAGAUGGAGGUGUGCAAACUGCCCCGUCUGUCUCUCAACGGCGUGCGCUUCAAACGCAUAUCGGGGACGUCCAUCGCCUUCAAGAACAUCGCUUCCAAAAUUGCCAAUGAGCUCAAGCUGUAAGCAAAGGGUUCCAAAAAAUACAAAACUAUAGGGAACACUAAAAAAAGGAAUCUGGCCAGGAAGUUUGAGCAGCAUUGUGAGUUACUGCUUCUGUAAGCUACUGCUGUAAUGUGUAGUGGAGAAAAAAAUAUGAAUGCAAAAAGAUGAAAAGAGAAAAAACGCCCUAGCUUGAUCUUCGUGACCUCGUGAUAUACGCCUGGUUAAAACAACCAUCUUGCAAUAAUAUCGAAACCCUUUCAGGGUCGGCAGAACAGAGAUCUGUCGAGCGAAUUAUCGUAACAGACUUAAACCGACUUUUUCCACAUGUACAGUUAAGAUCUAGAAUGUUUUUGUUGUAUUGAAUUAAUGAUAGAGUUGUAUAAUACAAGACUUUCAGCCUACUUACGUGGAGGUGUUGUAUAGUCACUAUUGAGCUCUGUACAGAAAAAAUUAUGUUCAGUGUGUCAUACUUGUUUAGUUGCUUUCUUUUCUUUUAGAUUUUGACACCACUCAGUUUUAACAGUUCUUUUAUAACUUAUCAAGACUUGCUUUUAAAGGCACAGUUGAUCCAACAAUGGAAGUUCUAUUAUUUUCUCACCCUCAUGUGCUCACAAAACCUGCAUGUUGUUAUUUUUCAUGGAAGUAGAACAUUUUGAAGAAAUAUGCAACUUUUUCUGUGGUGAACAUGACGAUUAAGCUCCAAAAAUGAGAAAACACCAUCAUAAUAUGCCACGCAGUGCAACUUGUGCGCAAUAGCCAUAUGUUGCACUUUGUGUAACCAUUCUAAAAACGUAAGUUGUUAAUCACUGGAAAUGUGCAGUCUUUAAUAAAUAACAGCAUGCAUGGAACGGCAUGAGAGCAGGUCAAUAAUGACAGAACUUUCCUUUUGGGUGAAUUAUCCUUUUAAUUCAGAGUGAGGAUUAGAUGUGAUCAUAACAUCAGAAUUAAUGAGUAAGUGUUGUUCCCAGAUGCAGAUGGUUUGGAUGUACAGAUCAGCUAAAAAUGAGUAAACGAACGUCUACAUUAACAUUCCAUACAGAGCAUACAGUGAGACUAGCAUCAUGGAGCUGUAGUGCAGAAAUCCUGCAGUGUGUUUGGAGCAGGAGUGGCUAUAAUUUAUUUAUUAGGCCAUUUUAUGCCUUCCUGUUCUGUUAACUGUAGAAAUUAAUCCAGAGAAUCCAUUUUUGUUGUUUUUUUUGUUUAGUAAAAUGUAAUUUGUUUUGUAAUAAGUGGUGAUGACGAUGAUGAAGAUGAUGGACUACGACCACUCGUAUUGGUACUUUCUACUAGUUCUUUUGUACUGAAGUAUCGAAGGUUAAAUGUGCAAUGCUGUCUAUGUUGUAUUACUGUAAUGCUGAUUAAAGAGGUUGUGACUGCACACUUUUAAGGGAAGACGAGCUCAAGUUUAAGUAGUUUGAGAAAAAGGAUUAGUGACUAAAAAUAUUAAAGGGUAAAGCUGUGAUUAAAGCUCAGAGAGGCAUUGAAUGUUCGAAUGUCAAUUGUGAUGUUCCAUUUUGUGAAGAUACAUUUCCAGGAUUUCCUUUCCUGGUUUUAAUUUAUUUUCUUUUUCUUUUUUUCUUUUAAUGGCUGUACGGAUGAAACUGUUUGGAUGGGAAGCAAGCUGAAGGCUGAGGAUCUCCAAAAAUGCAAUUAAACUCCAAUACAUUUCAUCCUUCCACACACUCUUCCCAUUUAUUCUCUGGACAUAGUACUGUACAUUUCUGCGGAGAGAUCCCUUGGGCCGCUGUGGUUCAGUCCCACUGGAGCACAUUAAAGCUUACUUG